GUCACUGGCGUUGACUCGAGCUACGAACACCCACAACCAACACGCCGAAAACAGGACACAACAAUACAUUUUCUCUGAUAAACAACUUCAGCAUGGCAGGGAAAAGUCUUGCGCAAGACUUGUUCGAGGAUAUGGGCCGGAAGGUGGCGGAGGCGAGCGCGCAAGAGGGCGGCGAAGAUGGCAGCAAAGUUGUCGACGAGAUUGAGAGCCUGUGCAUGAACUGCCAUGAGAAUGGCACUACGCGACUUCUCCUCACCAAAAUCCCCUACUUCCGCGAAAUCGUCAUCAUGUCCUUCGAAUGCCCACACUGCCACUUUAAGAACGCCGAAGUCCAGCCAGCAGGAGAGAUACAACAGCGGGGAGUCAAGAUCACCCUCAGAGUAGAUGCUGCCGAAGAUCUAAACCGGCAAAUCGUGAAGAGCGACACCGCGGUGUUCAGAGUCGAGGACAUAGAUCUGGAGAUUCCUCCCGGCCGUGGCCAGCUCACAAAUGUGGAGGGGAUUCUGACCAUGGUCGCACAAGAUUUGGAACAAAAGCAAGAUGAGCGGAAAGAGGUGAUGCCGGAGAUCUAUGAGAAGAUCCAGGGCGUAAUCGAGACUGUGAAGGCGAUGGCGAGCGGCGGUAAAGUGCCCUUCAAGAUCACCGUCGACGAUCCGGCCGGCAACUCGUCGAUUGAGCCCUCGAUACAAGACACCGCCGCCAAGUAUUUCCGUCACGAAUAUCCCCGAAGUCCUGCCCAGAACGCAGCGUUAGGUCUCGGGGACACCACAGGGGAGGCACCAGCAUCAGAAGUCCGUCCUGAAUACCACGCCACCCAGAUGUAUCCCCAGAUGCCCAGCGGGCCAAUGGUGAACAACGUGGACGAAGACAUCGUGGAGAACCAGGUCUAUUCUUUCCCCGCCAGCUGCCCAGGAUGCACGAAGCCCUGCACGACAAAUAUGAAGAUGGUAAAUAUUCCACACUUCAAGCAAGUGGUGCUUAUGAGCACUGUAUGCCCUCACUGCGGAUAUAGGAGUAAUGAGGUCAAGACCGGAGGCGAGGUCCCUGAGAAGGGCCGUCGAAUAACGGUAUCCGUCGAGAACAAGGAGGACCUCUCGCGAGACAUCCUAAAGUCGGAAUCUUGUGCUAUGGCAUGUCCAGAGCUCCAUCUCAGCGUUGAACCCGGAACUCUCGGCGGCCGAUUCACUACCAUCGAAGGACUUCUCACUCAGGUCCGCGACGACCUCCACUCUUCCAUUUUCGACACCGGUGAUAGCGGAGACUCGAUGGACAGCGCAACCAAGGAGAAGUGGGACAGCUUCUUCGGCCAACUCACAGCGGCCAUCAACGGCGACGUCAAGUUCACCGUUAUCCUGGAAGACCCGCUAGCCAGCAGCUACGUUCAAAGCUUUGCUGCACCAGAGCCAGAUGCGCAGAUGAAGGUUGAAGACUACGAGCGGACGGAGGAAGAAGAGGAGCAUCUCGGCCUUCGCGACAUGAAGACCGAGGGGUAUGAAGAGGAGCAACCAGCGGCAAACGGGGUGACGACAAACGGCGGGACGGCCAAUAUUACAUGAGCAGAGGUAGCUGCCAGAUUUCCUUAGCAUGCAUCUGGGGUCCGUAGAUACCAAGGCUUCGUCAGCCUAAUAGAGCAUUGUCCUCGAUCUC